AUGACAUCUAGUUCUAUUCAAUAAUAAAAAGAGUUGAAGGUUUUCAAUAAUUAGUUUGUUGUAUUGAAGAAAAUAAGUUCUGGAUCAUUCGGAGUUGUAUUUUAAGGAGAAGAUAAGAAAACAGGUGAAUAAUUAGCAUUGAAGAUUGAGAAAGAGGAGAGUGAUGAAGCAAAGUCUCUUGAUAGAGAAGUAUAUAAAUUUUAGAAUCUAUAGCUUAGUCAUAAAUAUUAUAGAGGUUGUAGGGUAUAAAAGGUGUUCCAAAAUUGUAUUGGUUUGGUUCAGAAGGACCUUAUAAUAUUAUGGUAAUUUAAUUGUUGGGAAGAGAUUUGGCUUAUUAUGCAAAGCAUCUAAAAAGAUUUUAAUUGAAAACAUUGAUAAUGUUAGCUGAGUAAAUGAUAACGAUUUUAGAGCAAUGUCAUACAAAGUAUGAUAAUCAAUAAAAUAUUUGUAGAUCAAUAAUUCAUAGAGAUAUGAAACCAGAAAAUGUUUUAGUUGGACGUGAUCCAAAUGAAAUAUAUCUUGUUGACUUUGGAAUUUCUAAAGUUUUUAAAGAUGCUAAUGGAAAUCAUGUGUAAGUUAAAUUAUAUACAUUAUUAUAGACCAUUUAGAGAUGGAAAACCCUUUAUAGGAACAACAAGGUAUGCCUCUAUUGGUGCUCAUAAGGGUUUUGAAUUAGGAAGAGGAGAUGAUUUAGAAUCUUUAGGAUAUAUGCUGGUAUUUUUAUAUAAAGGUUCGUUACCUUGGUAAAAUUUAUAAAAUGUAAGUGAUAAAGAGAAAACUAAAGUAGUUGGUAAAAUGAAGAUGUAAAUAUUGGUUGAAGAACUAUGUAAAGACAUGCCUAAUGAAUUUUCAAAGUAUUUUGAAUAUGUUAAAAAAUUACAAUUUAAAUAAACUCCUGAUUAUGAGUAUUUAAAGUAAUUGAUGCGAAAAUGCGCUACUGAUAAUAAAAUUGAAUUAGAUUAUAAAUAUGAAUGGGCAUUAUUGGAAAGAAAAACUUCAGAUGUAAAUUAUUAAACUUAUUAUUAUAAAGUUGUAAUCUUAGUAAAAUUCAUAGAGAAAUAUUAAAAAAGAUUCAAGUCAUUAGGAUCCUAAUAAAAAAUAAACAAAAAAUAAUCUUAAUUCAUAAAGCAAAUUGAAACCUGAAAUUGAUAGUGAAAAAAUAUCAAAAUCAAAAAGUCCUGCUAAAAAUACUAAAAGAUAAUCUUUGAUACCAGAAAUACAAUCAUAAAAUUAAUCAUAAUCUAGUCAAUUUGAUUUUCUUCGUCCUCCAGAUCCUUAUGCUAAAGCUAGAGCUAUUAUUUAAAGAAGUUAAGAGAGACACAAAUCUGUAUCAUCAUUAGCACCAUCAUAAUAUAGCUAAGUGAAUACAAUCCAAUCUAGUAUUGCAGGAAACUAUUAAGCUAGUCAUAUAGAUAUGUUUGCAACAGAUAGUCAAUAAUAAUAAUAAUAAUAAGAGACAACAGAAAAGAAAUAGGAUAUGAUUUAAGCAUAGAAUUUUGGUUUUCAACCUUUGGAGAAUAAUGAUACUAUUGCUAUGCUUAUAGGUGAGGAUGAAGAAGGUCCUUGUUUCUAAUAUUAAGAACUAUUAGAAAGGCAAGUUUAAGCGUAAAUAUUAAAAUUAAUCAUAAGGCAAUUUAAAGAAUAUGUGAAAAGUGGGAAUAAAAAUAAAAGAAACCAAUGA